AUGGAUAGAAACUUCAAGUACAAAUUUGGCCGUGCAGUCCCUGAGCGCAUCACUUCCAAAGAGCGUACGGAUAUGCCGAAGUCUGGAUGCACCCUCCGCAAUAAGCUGCGAUUCGACAAGUGGCAGCUUUUCGUGGGUGCUUUUGUAAUGGCUGUAGAUAUUCCACCCCACUGUGACCGUAUCUAUUUAUGGGUUGUUCAAACGGACCGUACGGGCGGAACAACCUCGGUCUUUAGAAUAUUUAUGCAUUGCUUCCAGGCCCAGAUCCGGGGCGUAAUUAGACCGACGCCAACUUGGCGGCCGAGCCCCAUCCUCCCCGGUGCGGGUUCAACCGUACCCUCGGACAGCCCAAGUAACUUCGUAUCGUGA